CACCAUUCAAACACACAGCCAAGCGCUCUAUCUUUCAUCUCUAAUCUUUCUAACAGAAUCACAUACCUGCUCUCUCUCUCAUACACUUGUUUCUGCUGAUUCUUCUGGUAUUUCAUUGAUGUCGAAGAUGAUGAGAUCAGAUCUCAAGCCUCCACUCGCUAGGUCUCCUAUAAGGCUUCGUCCUCGACGAGCUCUUCACUCCAGUGCAAACACCCUCCAAUCCCUACCAGGUUCUUUAACAAAAACUCAAUUGCCUAAACGCAAACGCGCUUUGGACAUUGAAGAAGUGGAGCUCCGUCACGAAUACGAGACGAUUAAUUGCGAACUAAGCGUUUUGGCAAAGAUGGUGCAAGAUGAAUUCGGAAACAGUGAUCUAGGUAAUUUUGGGGUUGCCGGUACAUUUAAUGCUAAUAGGAGUCCUGUGUUUGAAAGAGGUCGGUUUUAUGAUGAAUACUCGGCAAAAAGGAAUGAGAGGCUAAAGAGGAAGAAGAGCGAAACAGGGAUUGAGAAGAAACCAGCUUACGAUCUUUGUGUUAGAGUCGAGUCUGCGAAAGGAAAAGUGUCUAAGAAAUCUGAGAGCAUGAGAAAGACGAUUUGUUCUACGCCCACGACGGAGAGGAGAGAGACACAAGGUAUAUGCUGAGAAGUAGUACUUGCAAGGAAAACAAGAAGCCUCCUCUAGCUAUGAAUUUUGAAAAUUCUGUUGGUGGGUGGUGGGAGGAAAAUUGCAGUGAGAAGCGUCUGGAAAAACUGAAUUUCUGAAGUCACCUACUUCAGAAAUUGAAUUUUAGUAUAGGACAGUAAGAGCUCAAAAGAGUUCAGAAAACAACGACGUUUAGGUGGUUCUGAUUACAAAACUAUGCAAUUCUGCAUUUAUGGGAAGGAUAGAUCUUUUUUAUGGUUAUGGUUAUGGUUAUGAUGAAUUGGUUAGUUCCUUUUUUUUUUUUUUAAAAUUAUGAUGGAUAUAGUCUUAUUGGAUUUCAG